AUGAGCGAGCAACCGUCUCACGACAGGUUCCCAGGGUCCUUGCGCGAUGUGGCGGCGCGCACGGCUCUGCCGUCGCGGCCCGUGCUAUCGAAACCACAAAUUGGGGAAAUGUCCCUGCGACCAGAAGCGCCCACCAGCCAUCGCACGUCGAGAAGCAUCUCACCAAACUCAGAGGACAGCGCACUGCGUGAUGCGUCGCCCUCGCCCUCAGCAGCGAGCCCUGUUUCAUCGACGGCCAUGUCAGCAGCAAAGCCUAGUCCGCCACCUGGCAGCCAUACACCAGGCGGACAGAUUUGCAGAUCGCCCCAGGGCGCUACCAUCUGUAACGCAUGUGGCCUCUACUACAAGGCGAGGAACACGUCACGGCCCAUCGGUCUGAAAAAGCCGCCGCAGGUCGUUCAAGAGAAACUAAGUGGACAGCCCAUAUCUAUCGCACCCAAGCCGAACGCAAAUGUGCCCGGUGCAACAUUGUCCAAGAGCGCCAAUCUGAAUGUGAAGGGCCAGAAGUCGGCAAGUUGCCGCCCGGCAGAUACACCUACAGAAGGAUCGUCCCAGUUCACCAGCAUCAACGACCAUGCUAUCGAUCUCACCACCGCCCAGCCGACGACACCGAAUCAGCAAGACGAUACCACCGUGGUCAUAGCGUGCCAAAAUUGCGGAACAACGGUCACGCCUCUAUGGAGGAGGGAUGAGAGUGGCCACACAAUCUGCAACGCUUGCGGCCUCUACUACAAGCUUCACAAUGUGCACAGGCCGACGACAAUGAAGAAGGCGACAAUCAAGAGGCGGAAACGAGUAAUCCCAGCAGGGGAGGACGCGGAACUGGAUGACGCUUCGCAAGCCGGGCAAACACCUCCUCUGGCAGAGAAAGGGUCUGUGAACGACGAUGGAUCCGUUAACCUUGGCUUCCGGAGACAAGAGGCUCAGCCCUCUGGCAUGGAUUACAUGUCGGCCCGCCCUAGCAGCCAAGGUCACAGGCAGCCUUCGCCAAUCUCCGGCGCGUCGGACCUCGCAGCCUACCACCAACAGUCACUGCGUCCGCGUAACAUGCACCAACCCCUGAGUGACGACAACCGGCUGCCGCCGAUAGCUGGUCUACAUGCGCCAGGCGGUGUGGUCGACCGCCAAUCGUCCAUGUCGCCGGCGUCCUUUGGGUCUUUGACGCGUAAACGUUCCUUCUCGUCAGCUGAACACGAUCCGCGGAAUCAACAGGAAGAGAGCGGUGGCGAGAACUCCAAGAGGCUCUCGUCCAUCAAGUCGAUCCUCAACCCCUCUCAGCAGGGUGGACGACACGACGAACGAUCCGACUUUGCCCUGCCGCCGCUUCGGUCACCCGGCCCUACCGCGCCUCCGCCUCCAGCCAGCCCUGGCACAUAUUCUACGAGGGACCAUACGCCGGCGCGGUCCGAUGCUGAGGGCGAGCAUAUCAAGGCUGAUCGCAGGGCUGCGCUGCAGCGGGAAAGGGAUGCCAUGCGCGAGAUGCUGGCUGCCAAAGAGAGGGAGCUCAUGGAGAUGGGCGAUUAG